AACUGUACUUUUGAAAAUUUUGACCGUGAUCUCAAAAAAAACCUUAAACCUAGUAAAUAACGACCAAAUCUAGGGCUAUUUUCGUCUUUCCAAAUACUAACGUCUCGAUUUACGCCCCCAAUUUCACUUCAACCUAAACUCCCUCAUCUCUAAAUUCUAGGGUUUCUCUUUUCCCCUUUUCUCCCCAAUUUUCUUGAUUCAAUUCCAAUUUCCAAACUUUCCCUUUAGUUCGUUCAAUUCGUUCAAUCGUCGGAGUAAUGGAGAUUCUCCACUCCGACGAAACCUCACCAAAACCUUCAAUUCCAACCCCAAACGACGAUUCCACGGACCCUGAUGAAGGUGUCUCUCUCGAUGUAUCGGGAAAGAAUCUAGAGUUUCCUGUGGUUGAGAAUUCUGAAGAAGAUGCUAUUGAGAGUUUGUAUAUGUACAAGAAUGUUUACAGUUUGAUUCCGAAGACUGUGGGUGGUUUGGUAAGAUUGAAAACGCUGAAAUUCUUUGGAAACGAGAUUAAUUUAUUUGCGCCUGAGUUUGGGAACAUGACGAGAUUAGAGAGGUUGCAGAUGAAAGUAUCUUCUCCUGGUAUUGGUGGGUUGCCGUUCCAUAAAUUGAAGGGUUUGAAAGAACUUGAGCUUUCUAAAGGUCCUUCUAGACCUUCUGCUUUUCCUAUAUUGGCUGAGAUUGCUGCUCUUAAGUGUUUGACAAAGCUUUGUAUUUGUCACUUCUCUAUAAGAUACCUUCCUCCGGAAAUUGGGUGCUUAACGAAUCUGGAAUAUCUUGAUCUUUCAUUCAAUAAAAUGAAGACAUUGCCCUUGGAGAUUAGUUCUUUGAAAGUAUUGAUAACCAUGAAAGUUGCGAAUAAUAAGUUGGUGGAACUACCACCGGCCAUGAACUCACUGUCAAGGUUGGAGAGUUUGGACCUGUCAAAUAAUAGGUUGACUUCAUUAGGGCCUCUUCAACUUAGCUCAAUGCAUAGACUUCAGAACUUAAAUCUUCAGUACAACAAGCUACCCAACAUUUUUCAAAUUCCUUCAUGGAUAUGCUGUAAUAUGGAAGGAAAUGAUGGAGAUGGAUGCAAAGACAACUGUAGCAGCACUUCUGUUGAAAUGGAUGUCUACGAAAGCAAUUUACAGGAAAAUGAGGAAACAUUUUCUCAUGGAACUCAGAACACCUCAUCAAGCAUAUUAACAAACUCCUCAUCUAACAAUAGAUGUAUUGCAGCCUUGAAGUCGGGUAGACGGUGGAAGCGACGACACACUAAACAGCAGAAAACUCGUCAAGAGCAGAAAGCUCGUCAAGAGCGGUUGAAUAACAGCAGGAAGUGGAAAGGUGUAGAUCAUGACCAGUUGUUAAGCAAGAAGAUCCACAGAAUUUCUGAACCAGAAAGUCUGGAUACGCUUGUUUCUGAAAAUGACAUCGGAUAUGUAUCAGACAAUGGGAGCCUGAAUGACAACAAUGAAAAAAUAUUCUCCAAAGAAGCAGUCCACAACAAUUUAAUUGAUAAUGUCAAUAACGAUAGUCUGGAUGAUAAUGUCAAUAACGAUAGUCUGGAUGAUAAUGUCAAUAACGAUAGUCUGGAUGACAAUCAUAAAAAAAUAUUCUCCGAAGAAGCAGUGGACAGCAAUUUAAUUGAUAAUGUCAAGGAUGAUGAGGUAAUCAUUGAAAAUCAGUUUUCUCAAGAAGAUUGCUGCAGUGCGGAAGGUAAAGAUGAAAGAGAUGCAUCCUCAUUCUCCUUAGACAAUGUGCGAAGUGAACAAGGUGGAGCAUCUUGUUCAGAUUUUUCAAAGUGUAAUUUUAAAUCAAAGAGGCAUUCAGAUCGAGAUCUCGAUAAUCCUAAACCCUGCAAGUCUAGAAAACCAAUUGGUGAUGGCUCAUUAUUGUCUUCCAAGUACAGUAAAAUAUCAUUUUGUGGUACCGAGGACCAUCUAUCAGACGGCUUUUAUGAUGCGGGACGUGAUCGACCCUUUAUGCCUCUUGAUAGUUAUGAGCAAAAUCAGUGUCUUGCAUCUCGUGAAGUCAUCCUGUUAGACAGAAAAAGGGAUGAAGAAUUGGAUGCCAUCAUGCUAUCUGCUCAGGCAAUGGUCUCUAAUUUGAAGCGGUUAAAUGGUUUAAACAAACCUGGGAGCCAGGGUGAAGUUGAUAACUUGCAGACAGCAUCACUGCUUGCACUCUUUGUAUCUGAUCAUUUUGGCGGAAGUGAUAGAACUGCUAUUAUAGAAAAGACACGCAAAUCUGUUUCUGGUUCAAACUAUAAUAAGCCUUUUGUCUGUACAUGUUCGGCCGGAAGUAGCACAAGUAUAAAUGUUGCAAACGAACCCGCUGUGAACACCAUAGAAGAUAUUGGUCUUUCUAAGAUCUCUGAAAAAAAUCUCGAUUCUAUAAAAAAAAGACGAAAGUCAAUCAUUGUUCCACUUGGCUCUGUUCAGUAUGGUGUAUGUAGGCAUAGAGCUCUGCUUUUUAAGUAUUUAUGUGAUCACAUGGAGCCACCUGUACCUUGUGAGCUUGUUAGGGGUUACAUGGAUUUUUCACCACAUGCCUGGAAUAUCAUUCUGGUAAAGAGGGGUGUUACAUGGGUUCGAAUGCUUGUUGAUGCUUGCCGACCUCUUGAUAUUAGAGAAGAGAAAGAUCCAGAAUUUUUCUGCAGGUAUAUACCUCUUAGACGAACCCAAAUUCCUCUUUCAACUAGCAGUCUUCCUAGUCCUGAUAAUUCCUUUCCAUCUCUCUCUAACUGUGAUGAACUCGAGAAAAAGGCUUCAACUACAUUAGUUCGGUGCAAAUAUGGAUCAGUUGAGGCGGCAGUGAAGGUGCGUACUUUGGAAGUACAAGGGAGUUCAGCAGACCAAAUAAAAAACUUUGAAUAUAAUUCUUUGGGAGAAAUCAGAAUUCUUGGUGCUUUUAAACACCCCUGCAUAGUGGAAAUGUAUGGACACCAAAUAUCGUGCAAAUGGACUAUCUCUGCUGAUGGCACUCCUGAGAAUUGCGUGUUGAGAUCUGCAAUUUUUAUGGAAUAUGUGGAAGCGGGUUCGUUAAAAACCUAUCUAAAGGAGUUGUCAGAAGCUGGUGAAAAGCAUGUUCCUGUGGAGUUAGCCUUGUAUAUUGCCAAAGAUGUCUCAUGUGCUUUGUCGGAGUUGCACUCGAAGCACAUAAUUCACCGUGACAUAAAAAGUGAAAACAUUCUGUUUGAUUGUGAUAGGAAAAGAGAUGAUGGAACUCCCACUGUGAAACUCUGUGAUUUUGAUAGUGCAGUGCCGCUAAGAUCACCUUUACAUGCAUGCUGUAUUGCUCAUGUGGGAACACCUCCUCCUUGUGUGUGUGUUGGAACACCUCGAUGGAUGGCUCCGGAGGUCGUGCGGACUAUGUAUAAAAAGAACACUUAUGGAUUGGAAGCGGAUAUUUGGUCAUUUGGGUGUUUACUUCUAGAGAUGCUAACUUUGCAAGUUCCAUAUUCUGGAUUCCCCGAUUUACAUGUCCAUGAUAGUCUGCAGAUGGGUAAGCGACCACAAUUAACUGAUGAGAUGGAGGCAUUGAGUUCAAUGGGUGAACCCACAAUGAUUCAAUCUGGUGAAGAGCUGGAAAAAUCAGAUGCAGAGACAGACACACUGAAGUUCCUUGUUGAUUUGUUUCAUAGGUGUGUGGAAGAAAAUCCAAAUGAACGACCUACAGCUGAAGAAAUCUAUGAAAUGCUGCUUGAACACACAAGUCGCAUACAAGUUCAAAAUGCCGGGGAGAUUUAGGCAGGCUAUUAUUGGGAGUGUCCAUGUCCUGGUGAAUUAUAUUUUAUAUUAUUUAAGAAUAAAAGACUUUCAUUCUUUAUAGUGUGUGUCACAGUUUACUCUAGAAUAAUUGUUCUUACUAGGUCUUAGUCUUUCAUGAGUUGUAUUGUAUUUUUUGUAACAUUGUACGAGUUAGAUCCAUGCGGCUCUAAUAUCAUCCGAUCGAGAUCUUUAUUUGUAGUCAGGUCUCUUUUAGGGUUGUAAGUGUUGAGACAAUUAUGUAGUUCAAACAUUCUGCAAGUGGGACUGAUUAAUUUAUUGAUUUGUAUUGUAAGACGGUUCAUACCUGUA